AUGCUUACGAUACACGCUUGGAUAUGUAAACUGUACAUUGCUUUUUCCACACUGACAUCCUCUGUUUUUGACUCUAAAGUCCAUGUCUUCUCGUUUGUAUCUCUUGCACCUCACACACGAGCAGCCCGCAGAGAACACCUAACCCAUGUUGUGAAUGCCGUACCAUCUUCUAACACUAGUGUCUUGACUUUUCGGGUAGAGGUGCCUGAGCAGAUCUGCAGGGACAUAGAUGAAGGGUCCUCCCUUUUGGCUCGGAGGUCUGCCUGGUCGUGGAAGGCCUGGAGCUCAUCGUCCGCGCUCCCAGGCCCCCAGUGUCCGCGCUCCCAGGCCCCCAGUGUCCGCGCUCCCGCCGCCGGGCCCAGCCGGCUCUAA